AUGGAUCACGCCAUAACGCCGGAACCGCACUUGGUGCCAGGGUACACGGGUCAUUGUGCCCAGAACCGCGACAGAGUGGGUCGAACUUAUGGAAGACAGACCCAUAAGCUCCUAAUAGAUCCCUGCAUUUACCAUGCCCCGGAACUCAUUGUGGCUCCCAUUCACGCCAAGCGUGGACUCAAGGACUAUCCCACCGAGCAGGAGCUGAAGAUCCUGCGCACCCGAGAGGCGCUGGUGGACUCCGUUUACCGGCAUCCCAUUUUACCCGGCUACGCUGGCUUUGUGCCGAACAAAGUGAGUCAGAUUGGCAAGCGUUAUGUGGCCGCCGCAUCCGCGGGAGUGGCCCGCCAUGAGACCCUCAUGGAGCUGUAUCGCUGCGAGAAACGGACGCUGCGGCACCGGGAUCUGCUGGAGAGUGGAAAUGGGCUGUUUGACCGCAAGAUCAACGAGAGGCUGCUGCCACAGACCUACUACAGGUCACCUCUGAUCCCGGUCACCGGAGUGUCCAAGGGCAUUAAGGAUGAGGCCUGUCCGCCGAGAGUGGAGAAGCUCUGCUACAGCAAGUUCACCUCGCCGCAUUUCCUGGAGGACGAGGACGAGGACAAGUUCAUCAUCAACGGCUACUCCGGACACAUUCCCAUGUCGGUCACGCGCUUCGGGGAAUCCAACAAGGUGCUCACCCGCCGGGCGCUCUGCAGCUUCUCCGACUACAUGUACAAGAAAAAGCGGGACACGUGGUGCUGCGGCCAGGACCUCAGCCGGCCGGCCAUCACCUGUCCGCCCGUGGAGCACUUCGUUGUCUACCACAAGGACGACGGCAUGGUGCCCAGCUAUGCGGGUCACGUGCCCGGGGAGACGUACAAGUUCGGGAGGACGUACGCCAAGACCACCUACGACGCCAAGCGCUGGCUGGAGGUGCACAAGAAUCUCUGCGUGCUGCCGGAGGUGGCCAAUCUGGAUUACGCCUAUUGAGCCA